GAAAACAGGGACGUUGGGUAUCUAGAUACAUUCAAGGCCUUAUCGGUGUCAUACGCUCACAGUAAGAGAAAGACGGUAUCGAGCGUGCCAGAGCAGGAGCAGGGUCAACCUUCCCGUCGUUCUGCUUCCAACUUUAACAUGUAGUUGGGGUCGGAACCUUUUUCCUCUGUGGUUAGCAACCAGUGGCCUGGCCACCGACUUGUAACUUUUGGUCAAUUCAUAAUUAUGAAGCUUUGUGAACCCCCAAUGGACAUGGAUAUGCCUGACUACACUGAAACCUUGGACUCGUCUUACACUAUGCUGGAGUUUGACAGCUUGAGGGUUUUGCCACCAAACAACGAACCCAUUAUGUCCGAGGCUGGUAACAAUAACGUGCUAAUGAGCAAUGGUGUAACGAGUCUGUGUGCAAUCUGUGGGGACCGGGCAACAGGGAAGCACUACGGGGCUUCCAGCUGUGACGGAUGCAAAGGAUUCUUCAGGAGAAGCGUGCGAAAAAAUCACGUCUACUCGUGCAGGUUUAACAGACAAUGUGUGGUUGACAAAGACAAAAGGAACCAAUGUAGGUACUGCAGACUCAGGAAAUGCUUCCGAGCUGGUAUGAAGAAGGAAGCUGUGCAGAAUGAGAGGGACCGAAUCAGCAUUCGCAGGAGUAGCUAUGAAGACCUCGGCUCGCUUUCAAUUAACACACUGGUCCAAGCUGAAGCAAUGGCCCAACAGAUUUCUGCUUUUAACCCCGUGCAUCACGCUGAGAUCGCGAUGAAGAAAAUGGCAACAAUCAACGAUGUGGGCGAGUCCAUGAAGCAGCAGCUGCUGGUGCUUGUGGAAUGGGCGAAAUACAUCCCGGCCUUUUGUGAGCUGCCACUGGACGACCAGGUCGCCUUGUUAAGAGCGCAUGCCGGGGAACACUUACUGCUGGGUGUAGCCAGACGCUCAAUCCCCUACAAGGACAUCCUCUUACUCGGAAAUGACUUCAUCAUCGCCAGGUACUGCCCCGAGCUGGAGAUUAUGCGUGUGGCCAGCAGGAUCCUGGAUGAGCUGGUCAAGCCCCUGCGCGACCUGCAGAUCGACGAAAACGAGUUUGCUUGUCUGAAAGCCGUGGUCUUCUUCGAUCCAGAUUGCAGAGGCAUCAGUGACUCGGCGAAAAUCAAAAACAUGCGAUUCCAAGUGCAGGUGAACCUGGAGGAUUACAUCAACGACCGACAGUACGAUUCCCGCGGGAGGUUCGGUGACAUCCUGCUGCUGCUGCCGUCCCUGCAGUCCAUCACCUGGCAGAUGAUUGAACAGAUUCAGUUCGUCAAGCUCUUCGGGGUGGCCAGAAUCGACAACCUCCUGCAGGAAAUGCUCCUGGGAGGGUCCACUAGUGAUGCAGUGCAAUACGCCCACACUGGCCAUUCCAGUAUGUCCCACGGUCAUCUCAGCGCUCACGCAGCGCUACCUCCAAGCAUUCCUUCAGGAAUUCACUCUGUUCAAGACUCAUCUCCUGAUACCCCACUGUCUUCACCAUCCCCUGGUUCUGGAAAUGAAGACUAUAAACUACGCUCAAGAGGACAAAUCACAGCUCCUUCCGCACGGAUAGUGCCUCAUGCCAUUAUACCUAAGCAGGAGAUAUUGUGAAACUAAAAAAAAAUGCCGAUGCCCUUAAAUUUACUGUUAAAACACCUGCACCAGAGUCAUCGCUUACCAAGCAGAAGUAGUUAUUGUUUGAUGUACAUAAAGGAGAAUAAUUGCUUGUGCUUUCACUUAGUGUCCCCUGACUGCCAACAGAAUUAUGAAGCGUGAAAUGUUAACAGACAUUUUGCACUUCAGCAAUAUGUACAGAAGAGUCAGGUUUAAUAAAAUUUGGAUGGUCGUAAUUCGGAGACACUUGAGAAAACGAAUGUUGAUAUUUUCCAUAAAUUGUUUGAAAGUUUCCUGUGUUCUCACACUGACUGUAGCCAUUUGCAGAAAUGGGGUAGAAUAUAAACUUUAAAUGAUUUCUCCCGAGAGUUUGCCUCAGACUCGGUGCUUCCAUGGGCAGUGACAGGGCUGCUAAGCUCCAAUCAGCAUCAUUGCCCAUACCCUAGAAUUUCACCAGAGCGUGAGCAAUAAGGGAUGAAAUUUUGGCGACACUACUAACUGUUGCUACUUUAAUGAAAAUCUCAGAAUUGCGGACGAGCUUUCUUCAACAAUAUAUUGCGAUGACUAUUGUCUUUAAUAUUAAGCGAAGACACAUUUCAAAUUUGAAGCACUUAUCCAAAUCCCUGGCUCUUUCAUUGUGUAAAUAUGAAAGCAAUCACAACCAAUUCUAAAGUGACGACUGAUAUUGCAAUGCAAUUUAUUUUUGUACUUCUCUGUGCAGUAAUUUGGUAUGAGAACAGUUUGGAGUAUAUCGAGUGUGAAAAACAGAAGAGUAGCUUCUCACCAGAAGCAAAUUUCCCACCCAGGGACCAUUGUAAAACAGAUAAUAAAAUCAGGAGUUGU